GAGUAUAUGUAUGGCAACAACGUCUCUCUUCUCCAGUCAAUUUAUUUUUGAAAAAAAUACCCUCUAGCCUCUUUCCCUCCUUCAAAACACACGCACCCUCUCUCUCUCUCUCUCUCUCUCCCGUUACUGUCACGCGAAAUGCAACUCUCCAAACCCUAGAUUUCACUAUCACAGGACAAAAUCUCUCUAAUCUUACUCCGGGCUCAGUACCACCGUCGCUGCCGGGCUCAUGCAGGACUUCAUCGGCUCGGUUCGCCGAUCGCUGGUGUUCAAGCCCUCCGGCGGCGGCGACGAUGGAGUUAGAUUUGGAGGCUUCGUGGAGAAGAUCGGGUCCAGCAUUCGCAGAUCUAGAAUCGGACUCUUCUCGAAGCCGGCGGUCCCCGCACUGCCGCCGAUUGGGAGGGGGGAGGCUGCUAGAAUUAAGAAAGAUGAUGCGCCGGCAAUCAGGUGGAGGAGAGGUGAAUUGAUCGGGUGUGGCGCGUUUGGCAGGGUUUAUAUGGGAAUGAAUAUCGAUUCUGGAGAGCUUCUUGCUGUCAAGCAGGUGUCUAUUGCGGCCAACAGCGCUUCAAAAGAGAAAACACAGGCCCACAUUAGAGAGCUUGAGGAAGAAGUAAAGCUUCUUAAAAACCUUUCUCAUCCAAAUAUUGUCAGAUACUUAGGAACAGCUAGAGAGGAGGAGUCUCUGAAUAUUCUGUUGGAAUUUGUUCCGGGUGGAUCCAUUUCAUCACUUCUGGGGAAAUUUGGUUCAUUCCCCGAGUCUGUAAUAAGAAUGUACACAAAACAAUUGUUGUUGGGGUUGGAGUACCUUCACAAAAAUGGGAUUAUGCAUAGGGACAUAAAGGGAGCCAACAUCCUUGUUGAUAAUAAGGGUUGCAUAAAACUUGCAGACUUCGGUGCGUCAAAGAAAGUUGUUGAACUAGCUACCAUAACCGGUGCAAAGUCAAUGAAGGGCACUCCUUAUUGGAUGGCUCCUGAAGUUAUCUUGCAGACUGGGCAUAGCUUCUCUGCUGAUGUAUGGAGUGUUGGAUGCACUGUUAUUGAGAUGGCUACUGGGAAGCCUCCUUGGAGCCAGCAGUAUCAGGAGGUUGCAGCUCUCUUCCAUAUUGGAACAACUAAAUCUCAUCCUCCCAUUCCCGAGCAUCUCUCUUUUGAGGCCAAGGACUUUUUGCUAAAAUGUUUGCAAAAGGAACCAGACCUAAGGGCCACUGCUGCCGAUCUGCUACAGCAUCCCUUUGUUACUGGGGAGCAUCAGGAAACCAAUCCUGUGUUACGUGUUUCCAUUAUGGAACAUUCUGGAAAGUGGACAGCAAUGCCUCAGUUUGAGCUUAAGAGCUCGACAACACAUGUGCGGUUGAAUGAUACACAUAACAGGGUGAUAUGCUCGACUAUAUAUCCUGACAAGGUCUCAGGAAGUAGUGCACUGUGGGGAUCAUGCAAUUAUGAUGAUGACAUGUGUCAGAUAGAUGAUAAGGACAAUCUUAUGGUUGGAGUAUCAGCAAAGUUUGAUUCUCCUUUACUUUCUGGUGAUUUAAAUAAGAGUUUCAAUCCUAUGUCUGAGCCAAUUGAUUGGCCAUGCAAAUUUGAUGAAAGUCCUGAGUUGGAGAAAAGUAGAGUAAACUUAUUUUCGUGUCAAACAAUUGAUAAUAACACUAAAGGCUUUGUAACAUCUAGCAAUAUGGAAAAUGAGUUCACAUUUCCAAGUGGACCUUUAGCAGCUGAGGAUGAUGAUGAAGUUACCGAGUCAAAGAUUAGAGCAUUCCUUGAUGAAAAGGCUUUAGAUCUGAAGAAGCUGCAGACACCUCUGUAUAAAGAGUAUUACAACUCAGUUAAUGCAGCCGGUUCGCCAAUUGGUUUUGGGACUGAAAACAAAGAAAACUUUGCAAGCAAUUUGAAUUUACCUCCUAAAAGCAGGUCGCCCAAACGCAUGCCUAGUAGAAGACUUUCUGCAGCUAUUGGUGUUGCCUACACUGCUGGAAGUGCAAAUCAUUGCCAAGAUGUAUCUAACAAUGGGGCUGAAAAUGUUCAAACAUUUUCACAAGUACUACCAUGUAGGCCUAGUGAAUGGGAAGAAGGCAUACUUGAUCCUCAGCAGGAGUUAAUCAGUUCAAGUGCAAGCUUCUCUGAGAGACAAAGAAGAUGGGAACAAGAGCUUUAUGAAGAGCUUGAAAGGAAACGAGAGAUGAUGCGUCUAGCAGGUGUGGCAAAGGCAUCGUCACCAAAGGACCGAACUCUACUUCGACAACAGGACCGGUCAAGGCUUGCUUCUCCAGGGAAAUAAAUG